AUGAGGAAAAUCCGGCGUUUUGUUCUGGUAGUUGUAGAAAAGAGGCACAGGCUUCUUCUGCAGGGAAAAGCUCAGGCAGAAGGUGGAUCAGCUCGGACAUCGCUUCUUAUUUUAGUGUCUAUCUUCUUAUCAGCUGCUUUCCUUAUGUUCCUGGUGUAUAAAAAUUUCCCACAACUUAGUGAAGAAGAAAGAGGAUAUAUAAAGGUUCCUAGAGAUAUGGAUGAUGCAAAGGCCUUGGGAAAAGUCCUGUCCAAAUAUAAGGACACAUUUUAUGUUCAAGUAUUAGUGGCUUAUUUUGCAACAUAUGUUUUCUUGCAAACAUUUGCUAUUCCUGGGUCUAUAUUUCUCAGUAUCCUGUCAGGUUUUCUUUAUCCCUUUCCCCUGGCCUUAUUUCUUGUUUGUCUGUGCUCAGGACUUGGAGCCUCAUUCUGCUAUAUGCUUUCAUACCUAGUGGGACGUCCUGUUGUAUACAGAUACUUAACAGAAAAAGCAGUAAAAUGGUCAGAACAGGUUGAACGACACAGAGAACACCUUAUUAACUACAUCAUAUUUUUGAGAAUAACACCUUUUCUUCCCAACUGGUUUAUCAAUAUAACAUCUCCCGUAAUUAAUGUGCCACUGAAGGUAUUUUUCAUCGGCACUUUUCUAGGUGUGGCGCCACCGUCUUUUGUAGCCAUUAAGGCAGGAACAACGCUGUACCAACUUACAACAGCAGGGGAAGCUGUUUCCUGGAACUCUGUUUUUGUCCUCAUGAUUCUAGCCAUCCUGUCCAUCCUACCGGCUGUCUUCCAGAAGAAACUGAAACAGAAGUUUGAAUAAGGAUCAGACUGGACCAAAUUUUCCCAUACUUCAUCUCAGGAUCAGCACUUCUGAUAUUUGUAUAUUUGCUUUUCUAUUGGAUCUUAAGCAAUUAAAGAGGGGGCUUAUAAUUGAUAAGAAUGUCUUUAAAUGAACAUGUGGCCUAAAAUUGAAGACUGUGUUCAGAAAUGUACUGCAUAUAGUUUUGUAACCAAACCAUCAGUGUUUUACUCUGGGAGUGGGUGUGUGGCCCUCGGGAUGAGGGAAAUGAAAACAGUUGUAACAUUUUUCUCUGGUUAUAUACAGAGCAAAAAUUGCAAUGUGGGCAUAAACUACAGAUACUGCUUUCUAAAAGUUGCAGGAAAAAAAGCCCUUAAUCAUUCAGUCCGAUUUUGUAACAUUCUCUCUAAGCUUGUAUGUGAUCUGGUUUAAGUACAUUUCUCAUCAACAAUAUUUCUCUUUUUUUUUUUUUUUUUUGCCUUUGGGAGUUCCAAAAUAAUAGCAUAAUUAAUAACGGUGCUCACUCAGAAACAAAGUUUUUUUGCAGUACUUUAACUAC